GGAAUAAGGAUACGUUAGCGACCCAAGAAAGAACACACUCAACAGAAAAGAAGUGCAAAACAAGGAUCAAAAUCAAAACGAAAAUGGCGGCUGCUGCUGCUGCUUCUUCUUCUUCAAUUGCUAAUAACCGCUUAGUUCGUCAUCGUCCCCGUGGCAUCUUCAAGCAUAAUCAUCAGCCCAUCAUCUCUGUUCCGCUCAGACGCCAGCAAUCAUCAUCUACAUCAUUGUCUGUCCAACUUCAACCACCAAAAGAAUCUGGAUUUGGGAUUUUGUGGAAGAGGAAGGAGGACGAGAAGGGCCGGCUGGGAAGUCUUGCAGCUGUUCGACAGUUGACUGGGUCACUUACAACUGCUGAGGGUCUCCACUUUGGCAUUGUGGUGGCUCGCUUCAAUGAAAUUGUCACAAAGCCACUGUUGGAGGGAGCUUUGGACACUUUCAAAAAGUACUCGGUCAAAGAAGAAGAUAUCGAUGUUGUGUGGGUUCCAGGUAGUUUUGAAAUUGGUCUGGUUGCAGAGAAACUUGGAAAGUCAAGAAAGUAUCAAGCCAUCUUAUGUAUUGGAGCUGUGAUUAGAGGUGAUACUUCCCAUUAUGAUGCUGUAGCAAAUUCAGCUGCAUCUGGAGUACAGUCUGCAGGCCUUAAUUCUGGUGUUCCAUGCGUAUUUGGUGUUUUGACCUGUGAUGACAUGGAGCAGGCUCUCAAUCGAGCUGGUGGUAAGUCUGGAAAUAAAGGUGCUGAAGCAGCGCUGACAGCUAUUGAAAUGGCUUCCUUGUUUGAACACCAUCUGAAAUUUUAGGAAGCAGGCGCUGUCCACCAACAUUAGAGCUUUGUACUGUUGUAAUUCCUCUCUUCUGAGCCCUUCUCAGCAGGCAGAGUAGGAUUCCUUACUCCAGAGAUUUUGUGUUGUAAUUCCCUGCAUGCAGUUGGUCGUGGGCUACAUUGGGUUACAUGGAAUAUUUGUUGGGAUUUUUGUAAACCUUAUAUAACAGUUUCUCCUAUACUCAUGCACUACGUUGGUUUCUAAUUUGAUGUUUGUAGGGAUUUUUGUCAAUUUGUAAACAAACUUGUUGGUGAAAUUAGUGCCAGUUUCUUGUCAAGCGUGGUAACUUAAGUAGCAAUCUAGUAGCAUUGGGCAAGGUUCUGUUGUUUCUUUGGGAAUUCUUUCAUAUUUCGAUUUUCUGGAAGCUGAACGGGAA